UUUAGACACACUUAGGAUUUCUGCGCAGCCGGUCGUCCGUCGUGUCUAUAACACAUCGAUUUAAUCGCAUAACAUAACAUAUAUUAUUAUAGUAUUAUGUUAUGUUAUAUUUAUAACUAUAAUAUAAAGUAUUUCGCAGAACGUAAAAUACAUAUCACAAUAUAAUAAUAUAUUUUAUUAUUGUAUGUGUUGUGUAGGUACAGCGUGUCGUUGGUUUUGCAUUGUGCACCGCUGCACUUGCACAAUUUUUCACCACGCGUGUUUAUUAUUGCCAUCGUGAAGUAGUAUAAAGCAAAAUAUGAUAUCGAUAAGUCAAUAGAGUAAUGAUUUCAAACGGUUAAAUUAUAACAAAAUGUAUUCAACUGUCAAUUAUUGAGAUGUGAUUUCGGUUAAUUAAUAUACUAUUACAGUGCGCUCGUUCUACGUUAUCCGCUUAACUUUAAUAUAAUCAAUAUUGCUUAAUAUUUGCAUUUUGUUGUUGCGGUUGGUGUAGAUCGACUACUGAUCUGUGUUUGCGCUGGAGGACGUCCACAGUUUUCACCGGCGAUUGAUUUCCAUUGUGACAGCUCAAACGUUUUACGAUAACGAAAAAUCAUAGUGCGGCUGUCUACAAUUAUAGUUGCAGUAUCGGCGUGUUGAUGGCCAUUUACUCAACCAUACCGGUAACAACGGUGACAAUGGUACUGGAAACGCGGUAACGGCAACGGCUGCCUACUUGUUCGUAAUUGCAAGUACAUGUGCGGGAUAGUGUGCUUACGAGCACUGGAAAAGGCGGUCUUAUUGGGCGAUGAUACGCGUCCGGCGGCGUGUGCCAAAAGCCCGUGGCCAAUGAUCGUCGUGACCCGUGACAACCACAGUAGAAGCGCUGCAACCACAACCACGGUGGCAGUAGCAGCGGCGGCAACGGUAGCGGUGGCUCAGCAGGUCACCACUUGGUCCUCCGGUUCGCCCGCGGCAGUCUGCAAGAUGCGCUCGUUCGCCGCGGUGACCGCCAUCACCACCGUCGUCAGGCUGACGGCCGUACUUUUGCUACUGAUGGCGUUUGCGCGCCCAGCCACCGCCAUAGGAGAGCUCCAGGGCCAGUACAACAGCCCAUAUCCAGACAUUUGCCCCAGUGAUAUAUAUUGUCACGGAGAACUUCUAGACGAUAUACAAAUGCAACAGUUGUAUCCAGACUCCAAAACAUUCGUAGACAAAAAGUUACGUCGGAGUGAAGCUGAAAUCGUAAAAUCGUAUAGGGAAUUGAAAUUACGAAAUAACGGUCGAGUGCCUACUCGUGGUGUACUUUCCAAAUUUGUUGAUGACAACUUCAGUGAUGACCCAUUGGUCGAGUGGAUGCCGCCUGAUUUUGUCGAGACUCCCACUAUCAGUACUUACGUACAAGAUCAAAAUUACAAGAUUUGGAUCUUACAACUUAAUCAAAUAUGGAAGAGAUUGGCCCGGAGGGUGGAUGAAGACGUUAAAGUAAACCCUGAUCGUCAUUCAUCCAUUUAUUUGCCGAAUGGAUUCUUCAUAGCUGGUGGCAGAUUCACUGAACUCUAUUAUUGGGAUUCGUAUUGGAUCAUAAGAGGAGCAAUACUGUGUGACAUGAAGGAUUCUGCCAGAGGAAUCAUACAAAAUUUCCUUUACUUGGUUCACCGCUUUGGUUAUGUACCGAAUGGAAGUAGAAUUUACUAUUUAAUGAGAUCUCAGCCACCACUCCUCAUCCAAAUGGCUGCAUCGUAUUAUACGUAUACAGACGAUUUGGAAUUUAUCAAGAAAAACAUACAAUAUCUGGAAGCAGAAUUCAAUUUUUGGAUGACAAACCGAACGAUAAAAGUUGAAAAGGCAGGUAAUACUUACGUUAUGGGACAGUACAACACACAUACCCGGGGACCUCGACCCGAAUCUUAUUAUCCAGACAAAACCUUAGCUAUGCCUCUUUCUACCGUAGACGACAAAAAUGAGUUAUAUUCAAGAUUAAAAGCUGCUGCCGAAACGGGAUGGGAUUUUUCGACCAAACAUUAUAAUAAUUUUGGCCAAAACACUGGUGAUUUGUCUAAUACGGAUCCUCAGAAUUUUAUUUACGUAGAGUUAAAUGCAAUAUUACAAGCUAAUGCAGUAGUUCUUGCUCAACUGUUUAAAUUACUGGGCAAUGAUGCUAAAUUCAAAUAUUAUAAUGACAUCGGUCACCGUUUUCAGAUUGGAAUAAACGCGUUGUUGUGGAAUGAAGAAGAAGGUAUUUGGUUAGAUUAUGACUUAACCACUAAACUGAGUCGUAAGUAUUUCCAUGCUUCCAAUUUUGCACCAUUGUGGACUGGUAGUUACGAGAAAAAACUUAGAACGUUUUAUGGUAAACGGGCGGUGGACUAUUUGAUAGUUAACGGUGUUAUCAAUCAAGAUGGAACUCCAAAACUAAUUUGUGUACCAACAACUAAUGUGAACUCUACUCAACAAUGGGACUAUCCGAAUUGCUGGCCUCCACUUCAAGCCAUGGUAAUCCAAGGUUUAGACCGCACAAACUACAAACCUGCCCAGACUGUUGCUAUAAACUUGGCCAAGUCAUGGAUAAACACUAAUUACGUCGGAUACAUAACCAGUGGCACUAUGUUUGAAAAGUACAGUGCAAUCGAAGUGGGCACGACCGGCGGGGGUGGCGAGUAUACGCCUCAGACUGGAUUUGGAUGGACAAAUGGUAUAGUGUUCGAACUUUUCCGAAGAUGGGGACACCUAUUUCGAUCAACUUAA